CGCAAUUGCAGUUGCAGCCUCCCCUCCUCCAGCCGGUAGUGGCAGUACGGCAAUUUCAGCCCCAGCUGAAGGUCACUGUCUCUCUCUUCCAUCUUCUUCUUCUCUCUCUAACGCCCUCCCUCUCUCAACAAAACUCCCUGAAUUGCAAUUUGCAACGCAUGUUACUCUCUCUCUCUCUCUCUCUCUCCACAAGCCCAUCAUCAUCCAUCGCUCUUCCUCAGUCCCAGCCCCGGGCGCAACGAUCUGUGUUCGCAUCUUCCUCUUCCUCCAUUUCCAGCCCCAUGCGUAAUCUUCUUUCGGAAUUGAAUCUCUCCGUCUCAUGGCGCUCUGAGCAAGUACAGCUCCAGUUAGUGAGAGAAAUGUAGGCACCACAAAUCAACCCAACAUACCAGAAAUCCAAUCUUUUCUUUUCCCAGCCCAAAUCCGCGCCUCUUCCGGUGCUGCCAUAAAGUUUGGACUUUAUUACGAGGCUUUCACGACGUGCGAGAUUUCUGUUACCAAUCUCCACGAACCGGAGAGUCUGCCAUAAACGUUCGCAUUGCUUCAACCAAAGAUCCAUCCUACGAUCUUGGGGGCACAUGAAGAGCCUGCAGUGCUUCAAGCAGAGCGGCGGCGGCGGCAAUGGUGGCGGGCCGGGGAGGCGGCUGGAGCGGCGGCUGUCGCUGGGCGAGUACAAGAAGGCGGUGUCGUGGUCCAAGUACCUCGUAGCGCCGCCGGGCGCCAGGAUCCGGGGCGGCGGCGAGGAGCUGUGGAGCGCCGACCUGUCCAAGCUGGAGAUCCGGGGCAAGUUCGCGUCAGGCCGGCACAGCCGCGUCUACUCCGGCAGGUAUGCCGGCCGCGAGGUGGCCAUCAAGAUGGUCAGCCAGCCCGAGGAGGACGCCGCGCUCGCCGCUGAGCUAGAGCGCCAGUUCGCCUCCGAGGUCGCGCUCCUCCUUCGCCUCCACCAUCCAAACAUCAUCUCGUUUGUCGCAGCAUGCAAGAAACCACCAGUAUUCUGCAUCAUCACUGAGUUCAUGGCAGGGGGCUCCCUUAGGAAAUAUUUACGUCAGCAGGAACCUCAUUCAGUUCCCCUCAAACUAGUGCUGAAAUUAGCUUUAGAUAUCGCUCGCGGAAUGAGCUACCUACACUCCCAGGGUAUACUUCAUAGAGACCUGAAAUCAGAGAACAUACUUCUGGGAGAAGAUAUGUCCGUCAAAGUGGCAGAUUUCGGGAUUUCAUGCUUGGAAUCACAGUGUGGGAGUGGCAAGGGGUUUACAGGAACCUACAGGUGGAUGGCACCAGAAAUGAUCAAAGAGAAACAUCAUACUAGGAAAGUGGAUGUGUACAGCUUUGGAAUCGUCAUGUGGGAGAUUUUGACCGCUUUGGUUCCGUUCAGCGACAUGACUCCAGAGCAGGCUGCUGUCGCUGUUGCCCUGAAGAAUGCAAGGCCGCCACUGCCUGCUUCAUGCCCUGUGGCAAUAAGUCACCUGAUCAUGCAGUGCUGGGCGACCAACCCUGACAAAAGACCUCAGUUUGACGACAUCGUGGCGAUUCUUGAGAGCUACAAAGAAGCCCUUGAUGAGGACCCGUCGUUCUUCUUGUCGUAUAUUCCUCCACCGCACCACAGCCACCACCACCACCACCAUCAUCAGAGCCUUCUCCGGUGCUUCCCUCGCACCAUGCGAAGGUCUGCAUCUCUGAAAGUAUGAGGCCGGGAUAUUGCCUUUGUUAAUCGAUGCCGUGUACAAUAUGCACCCCUUUUGACUUUCUUUGUUUUCUAUAUGCGCACGCCGGCCCUCUAUUAUGCGGCAUUUGCAUGCUAUGAGUUAGUUUUUCUCUCUCUUUUUUCUCCUUGUUGGUAAAUUAUUUCCGUCAUUGAUGCCUUGAGUAAUGUAGAGGUGACAGGCAGGCAGCUUCCGGUUAUUAUCUAUGGAUGCCAUUUGCUUUUGGUGAUGGAAAACAUGAAAGAGCCUCAGUAAAUGUAAUAUAAUUUAGCUCUUCCUUCAAUUGUGAAUUUGUGAUUGUGCUUCUUCC